CGCACCCCACAGUCAGCUGCAGAAUUGGAUUGGAAAACCCAGUUCCGUUGAAUUCUGGCGGAUUCCUGCAAAACAAAGGCAGGAUCCGGAGCCAGGAGAGCUUCAGUCAAGCAGAGACUACCUCCAGAGUGAGUCAUUCAAUAUCCCAGAGCGCAACCAUGCCGACCUCCGAUAUACGGAUUGUGAACGAAACAAAUCUGAGUAAUUUCAGUUUCUCAAAACCUUCAGAGGAUUCAAGUCCUUAUGACUCUUUAAACCUGAACAACGUAAUGCUGAUGGACGAAGUUGACCCCUUAUCUAUGCCUACCGCUGUUAAAACAACCGCCUUUAUCGACGAUAAAAACUGGCAAGGCGGGUAUUCAACGAUUGUUACGCCGGUGAACGAACCGCCUGUAUUCGCCGACCUCCAGCUGGCGGCUAGGAGUAGGUCUGGGAGGCGGAGUACUGUGAAGGAGGAGGUGCUGACCCAGGAGGAGGAGGAGAGGAUAAAACAGAGAAGGGAGAGAAACAAGCAGGCUGCUGCCAGGUGCAGGAAGAGAAGGGUUGAUCAAACGGAGUCACUACAGGGAGAGGUGGAUCAGUGGGAGGAGAAAAAACGCCUACUUCAAGAAGAGAUCCACGCCCUACAGUCUCAAAGAGAGGAGCUACAGUUCAUCCUAGAUGCACAUAAAAGUGUUUGUAAACUCGAUAACGUCUGCAGAUCUCAACCUAACCAAGCGGUUCAACGCAUCCUACCCAACGUUCAACCAAUUACCAGUGUAAAGCGUACAGUGCCAAGCGUACAGCUUACUAUCCCAAGUGUACAGCUGAUUACUCCAAGUGUAGAGCCAAAUGAUGCAAAAGUAAUCGUGAAAGCUGAGGAAGAAACCAAUACAAGUUACCAAAUAUAUCAUCUGACUCACGAGGAAGCAUUAAACAUGCCCCUCCCCUCUAAACGUCCAACCUCCCUCAGCCUCAGUAUUAAACCUGCGUCACAAAGCCUGAGAAGUAUUGAAGGAAUACCAAUUGAGACGCCGACGAACAUUUUCUCAAGCCUAAACUUCGACGCCCUGAUGGACGGGAGGACAGGGUUGACCCCGACCAACAUCCUGACCCCUGUGAGUAUCACAAUGUCCCUGCAGACCCCUGUAGUCUCCUCCCCCUCAUGUUCAACUCAGCUGAGGAACUUCUACGAGAACGGGACUCCAGAUAAUCUGAAACUUGUCUCUCUAUAAUCCUACAAAACGAGAAACCUGCAAUUUAUUUCAAUUUGAUAAUCCGCCAAUUGACAGUACAUCUGCGUGAGAUAUAUAUUUUAUAAAUCCUCUGAAUUGAUCAAUAACACAGAAAAUCGCCAAUGUUUAAAUAUAAGACCCCGCUCUAUUAUUACAGAGCUAAUUGUGAACUUUCAAAGCAUGGAAAUGAUAAUCCUAAAAGUGAACAGAUUGUAAUGUAUAUAUUUAUAUAUAUUUAAACUACAUCCGGUGAUAUCAAUGAAAGUACUUACACGUUAUAAAAAUCACAAUAGUUAAAAUGCAAGCCUUAAACACUGCAUUAUUUCUACACUGCAUUUAAAUUUAAAUUUAAAUUUAUUUAUAUCUUUAAAUAAAAGUUUGUCGUCACACUAUUUAUCUGUGUUGUGAACUUUUGAAUAAGAUGAAAGCUUUAUAAUUUUCCAUUUUGAAGUUGGAGUUCAUCUCUCCAGAUGUUAAGUCGAUGCAAAUCAGGUUUUUUCCUUCAAAAGUUCUCGACACAGGUUAUUUAACCAUCCAGUCUUCUAAGUCACUUAUUGUGCUUUCAUUUUUGUAUCGCUUUACAUUGUAAUAUCCGUCAGAAAUAUAACAAAUUUGAAUAACA